AAUAUCAAAUUUGAUGAUUUUUUUGUCAUCCCUAACUUGGCCAUGGAAUCCUUGCUUUGCAAUGUGUAGGCACAAGUAACAUGAAGUAUUGCACAAGUCCUCCGUGACAUGACAUGGUUAUCAUUCAUGGGCCAUUCGAUCCCACAAAUUGCCGCACACAAUGAAAUCAUUAGACCCGCAUGGACUCCUUCAAAAAAUCACCCAGUAACAAAACAUAGAUUUCUCGUCAACCUGUUCUAGCUACGUAAGAGAAUUCGGAAGACAGUUAAAUCCCGUUUGUCUUCACUGUUCAAUUUCAUACUGCAAGAAAACUGCUGGGACUGGUUGGUUUUUAUUUGGAAAAUGCAAGAUCCAAACUCUAAGUAUUCGUUGAAUCAGAUGCCGUCUUUUUCGGGAGCAACGAGGCCGGCCCAUCACCGAAGAGCGCAUUCUGAGGUGAAUUACCGGCUACCGGAGAAUCUAGAUCUGGUGUCGGACCCUUUCGACGCUCCGGUAGGAAGUGUGGAGGAGAUGGGAUCGGAGGACGAUCUGUUUUCAACUUAUAUAAAUAUGGAGAAGCUCAGCGCUGGAGGUGGAUCUGAGAUUAAUGACUAUGUUUUCGAUAAUGUGGGUAGUGGAAGGGGUGGUUCUGGUGGUGGGGUGUCAGCUGACGGCGGCGAAGAGAAGAGUGGCCGUGGUGUUGCUAGGCCGAGGCAUAGGCAUAGUAACUCGGAGGAUGGUUCGAGUUUCGUGUUUUCUGAAAGUAUUAUUGAAGCCAAGAAAGCCAUGGCUCCUGAUAAGCUUGCUGAGUUGUGGAGCAUUGAUCCUAAACGUGCCAAAAGUUGUAGGUCUAAUUGUGACACAGAUGAGAUCUUAAUCUGAGCAUAGUUGAUGUCUAAAAUUGUUGGCACGAUCAACUGGCAAGUCCUGCCUAGGUUAGAGCUGUGAAUUCACAAUAUAUUUCGGAGUAGAGGUUGUGCUAAUGAAUUACCGGAGGAUUGCCGAACUUCAAAAUUUCAAAUCAUGUGUAGAUAAGAAUAGACGAUCCCAUUCAGGAUCAAUUACCAAGCUGACUGUCAUUAGUUACUGCAAAUUUGGAAUUAUAAACCCAAAAAGAAGAGAAAAAUCAUCUUCAAAUUUUGCUUGACCGGCCUGAACUGACUUGUUGGUAUAUGAUUAACAAUGAGGAAUAAAUCAAUGAUUAGCGGUAUGUUUACGUUUUUGGGGAAUAUGUUUUUACCAACAGAUGAUUACCAAACUAAAAUAUAUUUUUCUAGAAGUUUAGCAGGAGUUAGCCAGUCUCUACAUGUUAUAUAUCUUCUUUCCUUUCUGAACUCAAAAACAUCCGACUUCAAACACCUUCUCUAGCCAAGCACUUCUCCUUUCUCGUAAUGUUUCAGAAGUGUGUGGCCGUAGAAUCUAUUAGACUUUCAACAUCUUUUGUAUGUGGAUUUUCCUUAAUUGGAGUUUGAUGGAGAAGAAUUUCAUAUUUUCAGUUUUUUUUGUCUUGGUGGACAC